AUGUCUGGAAAUGACCAUCGAACGCCAAACGAGCGCGUGUCAGUUGUUACAGAUAUUUUAGGUGUUAAUAAACCACAGACUAUGGAAAUUGUUGACGAAAAGCCAGGAAACCGCGCUGAAACAGCAGGAGAAUCUUUACAUAGGAUGCCUUCUGCAACUUCAAUUGGAAACGAAAACGAUGUACACUUCAGUUGUCUAGAUAAUGGUAAAUUCAAAGAUAAUGAAGGUAACAAGGCUCCUUUUUGUAAACAUUGUGACAUCUCGAUACAGGGCUCGGGCUAUAUUCAAUGCAAAGAUUCGGACACGUUAGGGAAAGAUUCUGCAUGCGUCAGUGUGGAUGAUGCAAAGUUUGUAAAAGUGAACGUCGCAUCGGGAGAUGAUUUAUCGUUUGUCUUCUGCUCACAAAUGUGUCUCAAAAGCUAUUACUCUUUGAAAUCACGUAUGACAUCUGGACCCGGCGAGGGCCUUUAUAACGAUGAUAGUGGACAGUUUAUUGACCCAGUACGUAGCGUUAUACCUGUGUCGACAGGGGAAGCAUCAAACUCUGGCUAUCAUGGCUCUGUCAUCAGCACAAUCGAUGUUAGAGGGGAAAUCGAAGCUGCUGCACCUGCGUCUGUGCUUGUCAAGAGAAAAGGCUUAAUUGCCGAGGAACAACUUGACAGAAAGAAGCCCCGGUUAGUCAUAUGGAAGCGAUGGAAGAUACUUUUUGAUUCCAAGACAAUGAGAAAUGAUGUUUCAAAAUUGACAGCUGCAGAACUUCUGGAAAAAUAUGGUGGUGCAUUGAAAGCAGGAGCAGACGCAAAAGAUGAGCGAGAGUGUAUGUUGUGUGGUGAUGUUGGUGACGGAGUCACAGAAGGAACUGCCAGGUUGAUUAAUUAUGACGUCAACAUAUGGGUUCACUUGAAUUGUGCGCUUUGGUCUUUGGAGGUCUACGAAACAUUGAAUGGCGCCUUGCACAACGUUCAGAAAGCUUACGAGCGAGGGGUUCAAACGUCCUGUGUUUAUUGUUCCAAGAGAGGUGCAACUGUCACUUGUGCCAGGGUAAUUGGCUCCCAAAUGAGGCGGUGCGAGAUGAAUUAUCAUUUCAACUGUGCAAUAAAAGCGAAUUGCGUGUUUUUCAAGGAUAAGACUGUACUGUGCCCUCAACAUAAAAAUUAUGGAUCGGUGGACCAGCGAUUGCCUUCAUAUGCUGUCUUGCGAAAGGUUUAUGUCAACAGGGAUAUCACCAAACAGUUAGCAAGGGUUUUGAAACUGAACAACGAAAAAGAGCAAAGUGCGUUUACAAUUCGCAUUGGAAGUCUCAUAUUUCAUGAGCUUGGACAACUCCUUCCGCAUCAGUUGCAUAAGUUCCAUUCCAAGGAUGCCAUUUAUCCAGUUGGUUUCAAAACUACGAGAUUUUAUUGGAGCACUGAGCAAAUAGGAAAGCGUUGCUGGUAUGUCAAUUCAAUAGAAGAAGUCGAUGGCUCCCCUCAUUUCGUAAUCAUUGUUAAAGAUUCUGGCAAGAAGGUUGGAGAGUUCGCCGGCAGCACGCCUAAAGAGGUUUGGAGUUGUGUCUUUGAACCUGUAAGAAAAUUGCGCGAAGAAGCAAAAAUGGUGAAGAUCUUUCCAGAGUUUGUUACUGGCGAGGAUUUGUUUGGUUUGUCGGAUCCAUCAAUACAACGGAUUAUCGAAUCACUGCCUGGUGUGGACACAAUUCACGACUUUUCCUUUCGAUUCGGAAGAACGCCAAUGAUAAUGGCCGAACUGCCCUUGGCAGUCAACCCAACUGGCUGCAUUAGGUCGGAAUCAACACGCAAUGUUCACCUAAACAGGCCAGUUUCGCUGAGAACGGCAUCCUCCACCCCGGCUGAUAGAGUUGAACGCUGUGAUUUGUUAAUCGACGAAGGCAGUCAAGGAAGUCUUUUGAGGAACAGUUGGGCUAUAUCGAAAACAGCACAGUAUCGCAGAAUGAAAAGUGAAUGGAAGAACUACGUUUUGCUGAGCAAGUCGAGAAUUCAGGGUCUUGGUCUCUUUGCGAUCCGUGAUAUUGAACCAAACACAAUGAUUAUCGAGUAUAUUGGGUCAAUUAUUCGCAACGAAGUAGCAAACAAACGAGAGCGGAUCUACGAGAACAGCAACCGCGGUGUUUACAUGUUCCGAGUUGAUUCAGAUACCGUCAUUGAUGCAACCCUGACGGGGGGUCAUGCCAGAUACAUAAACCAUUCUUGCGAUCCUAACUGUGUUGCCGAGGUUGUCAUUAUUGAAAAAAUGCCAAAAAUAAUUAUCAUUUCAAACCGAAAACUGGAGAAGGGAGAAGAGCUAACAUAUGAUUACAAAUUUGAGUUCGAAGAUGAUCAGCAUAAAAUCGCCUGUCUUUGCGGAGCCGCAAACUGCCGAAAAUGGAUGAACUAGAGCUUGCAACUGACGCUGGGCUCUUGCUAAACUGCAUGCUCAUUAUGCCUGUUGUUAUAGUUGUGUUUGGCGAUGUAUGUUGCAACCCGAAGGUUGUAUCGUAACAAGACCUGAUUUUUAGCUUUUUUACAUUUUAAUUGUGUUUUAUUUCUCAAAAACAUUUGAAUAUUAGACUUCAAUCUUAUUUUACCCAGGGCUAUUUCACUCCUCACGGGCAAUUGUUGCUUAUGAAGAUUUUAGAAUAAAUAUAAUGAUUAAUAAGUCCUAAUUGAUAAGUCAUAAUUGAUAAGUCAAAAUUGACAAGCUGGAUAAUAUUCUCACCAGGUUUUGAGAAGGAUUAUUUCUUGAUCUCAAAAAUCAAAUUUUGAUUAAUUCACAACUUAAAGUAAUGUUAGAUCCAGUGUGUUAAAUCUUCAAAGAUAUGAUCUGGGGUUAUUUUGAAAAAGCGAUUUCUGCCCAAAUCAGAAGAGAAAUCUAAGUAUGUAGUUUCUAAACGGUGGUUGUUAUAAGCGGCCUUAGUGUUUUUAUGUAUACGCCUAACUUGUAAAUAUAGCCUCGUGUGGGAACAGCGAAUCUGUUUGAUUCUGUUGCCACGUUUUGACACCGCCUCCGUAAAGUCUUAUAUUUUGAUCAAGAUCGGUUGUUGUCCUGUAAAAAUAUUGGAUGUAAAAGUUAUCCUAGGCAAUUGUUUUGUCGUAAUUGUAGAUUUUCAUGCCUUGUAUGCUCCAAUCAACUUGCUAAUCACGCGAUAAAGAGGUAUAUAAUAUGUAUCUUCAGUUUAAUUAAUUAUGUAAGUGAUUUACAGUUUUAUUAAGAAAAUAGAUCUCGAAUUUGUGUCGUAUUUCAUAAAUUAGAUUGUAUUUUAGAAAUGGCAGGGUAUUUAACGGUUCUCUUUAAUACCAGUCUUGUUUGUUUUAUCAUUCGAAUCCUCUGGUGUUUAGCUCACCGAGCGUCGAACAAUCAUAAAUGGUAACAA